CUCUAAUUCUCUUUCUGUGUGGCCUCCGAGAGAGUCUCUUUGUUCUUGGCUUUGCUCUUCCUCUACCUGAAAUGAGUUUCCUUUAAAGACGAUCUUGUAUGCUUUUAUUCCGAUCGUACCGUCUCGUUCACUCUAUGGUAUUCUGAUUUUGUGUAAUGGAUGGAAGUUCGAUUGAUGCUGACCGAGAACUUCCCUUUUUUAAUGCUGCUCGCACUGUGGUCUUAGUUGGACGCACUGGUAAUGGAAAAAGUGCAACAGGCAACAGCAUUCUUGGCAAAAGAGCCUUCACUUCCAAGCGUAGCUCUAGUGGUGUCACGACUACUACUGAAUUGAAGAUUGCUAUCUUGAGAGAUGGACAACAAAUUAAUGUUAUAGACACUCCUGGUCUUUUUGAUAAUUCUGCCAAAUCAGACUUUAUUGUCAAUGAAAUUUCCCAAUGCAUUAAAUUGGCCGAGGAUGGGAUCCAUGCUGUUCUUGUGGUUCUCUCAACUAGAACUCGCUUUUCACAAGAAGAGAAGUCUGCAAUCCGUAGCUUGGAAACUCUCUUUGGAAGUAAAAUCGUUGACUAUAUGAUUGUUGUCUUUACGGGAGGAGAUGAGCUUGAAGAAAAUGAUGAGACUUUGGAAGAUUAUUUGGGCCGUGAUUGCCCGGAGCCUUUGAAGGAAAUCCUUGGUCUGUGUGGAAAUCGUUGUGUGGUUUUUGAUAACAAGACUACGGAUGAAAGCAAGAGGAUCGAACAAGUGCAGCGGCUUCUCUCGCUUGUAAACUCGGUUAUAGCACAGAAUGGUGGGCGGCCAUACACAGAUGAGAAAUUUACUGAAGUGAAGAAAGGGGCUAUGAAACUUCGUGACCAACAAGAAGAUGUUGCUUCUUUGAAGGGGUAUUCAGAACGAGAAAUAUCUCCUUUGAAUGAGCAGAUACAGCUUGCACAUGAUCAGCAGCUUAAACAAAUUACUGAGAUGGGCGAGUUAAAGAUGAGAGAGAAUACCACGAUGCUUGAACAAAAGUUAGCAGAUGAACAUGCUGCACGACUAAGAGCAGAAGAGACUGCCCAAGAGGCUCAACAAAGGUCUGAGAAUGAAAUCCGAAAUCUUAGUUACGAACUACAAGCAGAGAAGCGGAAAAGAGGCAGAAGCAAGUGUGCUAUUAUGUAAUGACUGAUAGGCUAUGUGGUAAGGAUAUCAUGGAGUUUGCGCCAACUGGUUGCAGCGUCUGGUUGAUAAUGGCCAUGGUAUCCCGUGUAAAUGUGAAAGAUGUUGGCUCACAGUUGGAAGUUAAUAUCUAAACUCUUGAAUUGUAUGGGAAUAAUGUUGCAAGUAUAUUCAUCUCUUAAGGAGGUUUAUAUAGUAAUACAACCAUGUACAUAUAAAGAAAAGCAAUUAAUGCUGAUAUAGGUCAACUAUAUCGCUAAUGCUAAUUGAUACACAAAAUAAAUCAUAAUAAAGACUAAUUGAUAUGAUAUAGCUCAUGUCAACAUUGUGCA